UAUUUAUACAGAGGGGGAACGACAUCACUUAUCCACAACACAUUCAUUCACAUGAGGGAGAGCUACUUCCAGAGUUGAGUUUGCCAGAGGAACAUCACUACUUCUUGCUGAUAUUUGUAGAGACAAGCUUUUAGGGGCAAAAAAAAAAAAAUAGCAUUUGUACUACCUAGACUGCACAAUGAUCUUUUUCAUCCCUGUUUUUGGUGUGAUUCUCACUAUGUAUCAGAUUGGGAGGAAUCCUGCCAGUGCUGGGAUGUGCUGGCUGCAGCAGGACCAAAGGUGCGACAUGGUGCUGAUGAGAGGGGUGACCAGGGAGGAGUGCUGUGCCGGGGGCCGCCUGGACACAGCAUGGUCCAACACCAGCCUGCCCAUGAAUGAGGUCAGCCUGCUGGGCUUCCUGGGAAUUGUCUCCUGUAAACCAUGCAAAGAGACUUGCCAAGGAGUCAAAUGCAGUCCCGGGAAGGUUUGCAAAAUGAAGAUGGGGAGACCUCAGUGUGUGUGCUCUCCAGACUGCUCUCACAUUACUCAGAAGCACGCUGUGUGUGGCAGCGACGGGAGGUCAUAUACCGAUGAGUGUACUCUGCUGAUGGCCCGCUGCAUGGGACACCCAGACCUGGAGGUCAUGUACCAAGGAGACUGCAAAAAGUCGUGCUCCAACGUGGUGUGUCCAGGUACCCACACCUGUGUGACCGACCAGACCAACAGUGCUCACUGUGUCAUGUGCCGCACAACUCCUUGCCCAAUCCCCAUGCCGUCUGAGCAGCCAAUCUGUGGCAAUGACAACAUCACCUACCCCAGCGCCUGCCACCUCCGCCGGGCCACCUGCUUCCUCGGUCGCUCCAUAGGAGUCCGUCACUACGGCCACUGUAACAGUCCCCCUCGGACACCUCAACAUUUCGAAGGCAGUGAGGAAAACGCAGUCUAGACGGACGACUCCUGACGCAGUCCUUUUUCAAGAAACGAGCUGUUCAAGAAUCACUUCCAAGCGUCACACCACUAGCUUUCCAUGAUGACCUCUUUUUUUUUUGACAAUCACUUCCUCUCCCCUUUAUAUACGGAAUGACAAUACAUUUGAAAGACCUCUGUUGGAAGACACAGUAGUGUAACUGCCUCAAAAAGAGCUUCAAAAGCCCUGUGAGCAAUUUGUGUAAAACUCCUUUCAGUUUGGGAAAUUGAGGCAGAUGAUGUGUAUUGAGAUUAAAAAAAAUGUUGGCUCUUUGGGAGAUGUGUGCAUAUUGUAAAUAGAAUACCAAUACUAUUUAUUGGAGAAGGUAUCAAACUCUAUUUAUGUUUUUAUCCUAGUAACAAAUCCAUAUAUCCUUGGGAAAGCUGAUGCAUAUAAUGUAUUUAUUGUGUUGUGUCUAUUGUGUAUGUACAAUGGCGGCAAACUGGCAUUGGCGUUUUACAACUUUUUACAGUUUUCACAUUCCCCACACACAAAACAAACAAGCUGAUGGAAAGCAGCGCUGAUAUGUUUGGAAAGCUGAUACCAAUUUAUAGCCUGCCAAUGUGCUUUUAAUUCACCACAAACAAACGUAUAGUACUUAAGAUUUGGUUUGAAGGUGAGGAAGGGGCUCAGCCUAAACAAACCUGUAUAGUCUGCCUCCUUCCCUCCCUCCACGCAUGUUUACUCUACUUUGGUUGUGCUUGUAGGAGUCUCCGAAGACCAACCCUCUACAAUACCUCCUCUGUUGAGAUCUUGGCUUUGUUUUGUAAAUACAUUUUUGGAGGUUGUGCUAGUUCAUUCCGUUGCUGUUUUGCUGCUUUUAAAGAACUAACUGGAGAAACAAAUGUAAUCAGCAUCAUCUGAGCAAAAGGAAAA